AUAGAAACCACGCCCCAGUCAAUAUUCCUCCACUGGACGGAGCCAGAAUUCCAUGGAAACUCAAAAAUAAUAAAUUACAAAUUGGAGUACAAAUCCGACGAGGACUCGAAAUGGACCGAAGUGAAUGAAGAUUUUAAAAUUGAAGAAACGAGUUUUAACGUUUUUGGCCUUAAAACUAAUUCAAAAUACAAAUUCCGAGUGAAAGCGGAGAAUUCCACGGGAUACGGUUUCUAUAGCGACGAAAGUGAAGAAAUUAUCGUCGAGAAGAAAAUUGACAAGGAAAUUUGUUUCAUCGAAGAAUUGGCGGAUAGGAUUUUAUUCCUUGGAGAUAAAUUAGAGCUGAAAACGGUGCUCAAAGGGGGGGACGGAAAUGAAAUCGUUUAUUGGGAAAAGGACGGAAUAAAACAACCCACCUCGAGCUACACUUACGAGCAGAAAACGUCAAAAUACACGGAAAUCGUCAAGGAAACGUCGAAUUACUCCUGCGUUGCCAAGACAAAGUCAAAAACGAUAAAAUCCUCAUGUAAAAUUGAGAUUAGAGAAAUUCCAAAAAUCGAAACUAUGGAAACCAUGGAAAUUGAGGAAAGUAUUUACCAGAAAACCACGGAAAUCGAUAAAGAGUUAAAAAUCCAAUUGAAAAUCACAGGUUUGGAACCCCCAAAAAUCCAAAUCCUCAAGAACAAGCGUGAAUUUACAAACUACAAUUUCCAAGACAACGUUUUAACAAUUUCCAAACCAGGAGAAAUCCCCGACAACGGUUGCUACGAAUUCAUAGCAACAAAUUCCGUUGGCAGGGCAACUUUAAAAAUAAACAUAAGAAUAAAAGACAAAAAAUCCAAACCCCCCACGCGCCCCUCCCCACCGCCCCCACCGAUAAUCCUCACCCCCCAACCGGACCUAAGCGUCAACAUUUCCUGGUCCCCUCCCCAUGACGACGGUGGGAGCCCAAUAACAAAAUACUUGAUUGAAAAAUUCCAUGACAACCAAUGGCAACGCGUUUCCGAGGUUGCCAUGGAAAUUAAUUCCUACACAAUUGGUAACCUAGAAGAAUCCACGGAGUACACUUUUAGAAUUUCAGCGGAGAAUAAAAUCGGGAAAUCAGAGUGGACGACGAGCGAAGGUUACAAAGCUGUGGUUUUGGGCGUGGUCGUCCCCCCUCCGCGGCCGCCCUUUGAAAUCCUCGCCAUGACGCAGAAUUCUUUUACGUUGCGAUGGAAGCCGGCUGAGGAGAAAGUGAGCGGGUAUCUCGUGGAGAAGCGGGAGGAGGGGAAAAAGGCGUGGCAGGAAUGUGGGAGGAGUUUGGGGUGGGGCGAAAGUUGGGUGGAUGUUGGGGGGUUGAAGGGUGGGGUGGGGUAUUUUUUUAGGGUUUGCUCUUUGGGGGUUGGUGGUGGGGUGUCAGAGUGGGUGGGGGUCAGGGAGGAGGCUGUGAAAAUUGGAGGGGUCGUCACCGCCCCCUCUCCCCCGCAAAACCUCCAAAUUCUGACAAUCACCUCGAAGUCCGUGACGAUUCAGUGGUCGCCCCCGAAAUCCACGGGGGGAGCUCAACUCACGAGUUACAUUGUUGAGAAACUGGUUUCCAUGGAAAAAUGGGAAAAAAUCGUCACCCUGGAAACGUCCGUCACGCAGUUUACAAUUACCAAUUUGGUGAAUAAGGAAUGGCAAUUCCGCGUGUUUGCCGAGAACCCGAUUGGACUCAGUCAACCUGCUUUCACAGAGUGCUGUCAGCUUAAAUCCCACGCUACACCCCCCUCGCCCCCCACGGCGCCCCUGGAGUCCCGCCAGAUCGCCCUGAACGAGAUAAUCGUGACGUGGGGGAUCCCCGAGUCCGACGGGGGCGCCCGGAUCGAGUCUUACGUGAUUGCGAUCCGUGACGUGAAGAAGACGAUGUGGAUGGAGGUCGGCCAGGUGAACUGGGACUGCCAAAAAUUAGCCGUUCGAGAGCUGGAAGAUGGGAACGAGUACCUCAUCAGGAUCUUCGCCAGGAAUGAAGUCGGGCUGAGCGAGCCCUUGGAGAGCGAGGAGCUCGUCAAGAUUUGCAAUGCCAGGAUGGGUAGGACCCCACGGCGCUCUCCCGCCACCGUGACGAGCAGGAGUCCGAAGCCGGGCUGA